GCUGUCAUUGGUCGACUGACGCAGACAGGUUACAUUGCCCGACAGCGACUGUGUAUCUGCGGCAGCGGAGACCCGGAGCGGCGUCCCGCAAGGUCAGGCGCUUCUUCCAGCGGCCCCGGCCCCCACGGGAGGGCGGCGAUCCCGGCGGAGGAGCUGGGAGUGUAAUGAUCGGUUCUGCUCCCAUCAGCAGCUGGCACCUUCCCCCGCCCGCCGUUAGACUCCCCCAUCCCUGAGCGGGGACUGGCGGACUGUUGAGUAUGUACCUGUGGCGGGGUUGGCACAGCAUCUGCUUGGCCUGUGGGCUGGUGGUCUUGCUGGGGGCCGUAGGAGUGCAGGGGGAUGUUACGGUGCUGCCUGCCGCCUUUCUUCACGACCUGCUGAAUCGCUAUGGGGACAAUGGGACAAUGCUGCUGCCCCAGCUGAAGGCUCUCCUGAACCGGCUGGAUGUGGGCGUCGGGACCACCAAGAUGGAGAGUGCAGUGGGCAACAUCAGUCUCUCCAAGUGCCUGGCAUCUUCUGAGAUCUUUGCAGUGCACAACCUGACCGACAGCAGCCGUAUCGACGGUGCCACCUUCACCCACGUCUGCCCCACCAUCCUGCAACAGUUAGAAAGCAGAGCCUGUGAGCUGGAAAACCAGGAGGAUGAGGAAGACGAGGAGACGGGAGGACAGAAACCCACAACCACUGAAGUCUGGGGUUACGGUUUUCUCUGCGUGACGGUCAUCUCGCUCAGCUCCCUGCUGGGAGCCAGUGUGGUGCCAUUCAUGAGGAAAACUUUUUACAAGCGGCUGCUGUUGUACUUCAUUGCUCUGGCGAUUGGGACCCUCUACUCUAAUGCCCUCUUUCAGCUCAUCCCGGAGGCGUUCGGGUUUGACCCCAAGAAGCCGGACUACGUGUCGAAAUCGGUGGUGCUCUUCGGAGGAUUCUACCUUUUCUUUUUCACGGAGAAGAUCCUGAAGAUGAUCCUGAGACCCAAACAGAAGGGCCUGGGGAAGGGUCACAGCCACUGCUGCCCCGAGCAGAUGGUCAGCAGGCGUGACCAGGAGGACGGAGUGAUGGAGAAACUGCAGAAUGGAGAAGUGCGCCUGAUGCCGUGUGGCCACAGCGAGGAGAGCGAGCGACAGAGCCUGGCGGACGGGGCGCCGGUGGUCUCGAGGGCACUGUCUGUGCAGGAGCUGCAGCGUAGCAACUGUUACUGGCUGAAGGGGAGCCGGUACUCGGACAUCGGCACGCUGGCCUGGAUGAUCACCCUCAGUGACGGGCUGCACAACUUCAUCGACGGCCUGGCCAUCGGAGCCUCCUUCACCGUCUCCGUCUUCCAGGGCAUCAGCACCUCUGUCGCUAUCUUGUGCGAGGAAUUCCCCCAUGAGCUCGGGGACUUUGUGAUCCUGCUGAAUGCCGGGAUGAGCCUACAACAGGCCCUCUUCUUCAACUUCCUGUCGGCCUGCUGCUGCUACGUCGGCCUGGCCUUCGGCAUCCUGGCCGGCAGCCACUUCUCUCCCAACUGGAUCUUCGCUCUGGCCGGCGGAAUGUUCCUCUACAUCGCCCUGGCAGACAUGUUUCCUGAGAUGAACGAAGUCAGCAAAGAAGAGGAUGGAGAGGAGUCCACCUCGCUGGUUGUGUUUGUGAUACAGAACGCCGGCCUACUGACUGGCUUUUCCAUAAUGCUGCUUCUCACCAUGUACUCGGGAUCCAUCCAGAUCGGCUAAGUGACUGACGGGCCGUCAAGGGGGUCACUCGGAGCAGGACCCCAAGCACAGAGACCCCCGGCUGUCCAACACUGUCACAGCCCAGGUGGCUUCACAUUCGGAUGACAGCUCUUUGCAAAUUCUAUCAUUAGGAACAAACUCGUUCCAACUUGCUGACAGCUCCACAGGUCGACAAGGUGGAGAUUUCCUAACCGCGGAUCUGCAUUUCCUUGUCCAAGCAAACAUUCCAGCCUAUGACUGGUGAAGUUCAUACACAUUCAAUAUAAGCACAAUAGGGGUAGAGGCAUGGGGGGGCGGUGUGGUUCGAGAUGAGUGUGGCUCCUAGCUUACACAGCCUUGCCUUGUCUUCAGCGUGCCCCCAUUUCUGACCUUACCAAGGCUCUUUUAACCCAUCUGCUGCUGGGUGUCUCCACGUGGUCAUGGAGGAAGCAGCAGGGAGAGGAGCCUCAGUCAGUCCUGGUCCUCCUUGGGCUUACGAGCCUGUCCCUGGACCAGGAGCUGCUCACCAAACGUCCAGGCUGGACCCUGGGAGCAUGAGUAGGAGGGGCAGCUGGAAAGAGUGGAUGUGCAAAGGGCGAUUCCAAUUCAUUUACUUACCACAAAGACAUUGAAACAUGCAGUGAAAUAGGCUGCUGGCAUUAGCAACACAAGCUGGUGGGCAGCCCGCAAGGGUUGCUGCACAUUCCUACACCAACAUACCCAGCAGCACAACACCGAACACAGCAAGCAACAGAACAACAUCAAAGCGAGCCCCUUUCCUCUCUCCCACUCACCCACGUGAACAGACCUCCAACUUCUGCAUCUCUGGCCUCUGGUCUCCAAUGGGCUCACAUGCUCAAGGACAUUAGGCCCCUGAAUUUCCCACUGGGCCUCAACUUCCAGCCUUCCAAUCCUCCUUCAGGCUUCACUCUUCGGUUUCGAACCCAGCACUCGUCAUUGGCGAUCUCUGGGUAUUCAUGAGGGGCAGCAAGGGCAUUAAUUGCGGGGGGGGGGGGCGGGAAAUCGGCUUUUCUUGGAGUACAGAAGAAUGGGAGAACCUGGAAGUGUUUGAAGUACAAGACAGCUAUAGGGGGAGAUUUAGGACAGCUGCACUCCAGAGAGAGGAGCUGAUGUGUUUGGAGGAGUGGGUUGAGGAGUGUAGAUUGUGAGACUGUUCCUCAUCCUGACCCCUGUCUGGGAUUGGUGCUGAAGUUGAUAGUUGGUGUUCUUCCCUCAUCCCUCUCUCUCCUCCCUCAUUCCUUCUCUACCCCCUUUGUCCCUCCCUCGCUCCUCCCCUACCCCCUUGUCCCUCCCUCGCUCCUCCCCACCCCAUUGUUUCUCCCUCGCUCCUCCCCUACCCCCUUGUCCCUCCCUCGCUCAUCCCCUACCCCCUUUGUCCCUCCCUCGCUCCUCCCCUACCACCUUGUUCCUCCCUCGCUCCUCCCCUACCCCCUUGUCCCUCCCUCGCUCCUCCCCUACCCCCUUGUUCCUCCCUGUGCAUCCUUCAUUCAUUUCCCUUACCUCUCACUCCUCUCCUACCCUCCCUGAAUCCUCCCCUGCUCCCCACUACUCUGUCAUCCCUCCCUUACCCUUACCCCCCUUCAUCCCCCACUCCUUUCCAGUCUCUCCCUCCCUCCCUCCUCCCACCUCUCCCUGACCCCCCUCCCCCUUACAUUGGAUGUGAUUGUAUCUGUUCUGUAUUUCCUGGGUCAGAGGGAGUCAGUGUCAACAGUUUACACAACAAAUCCAUGACCACCCCCCAACCUCCUUCCAUUCACUGCAUGGAAAAGUUUUGCCCCAUGUCAGAGUCACUUGGAUCUCUUGCUGAUUACUUUCAUCCAUUGUCCUUUCUGACACUGUCCGCAACCCUCUGUCCACAUCACCUGGUCUUUUCAGGAUUUUGCAUCCCCCUAUCAGGACCCCCACCCUCCUCAGUCUCCUUGUUUCCCCUCCCCCCCACCCCCCACCCAAGGCCAACCUUAGCUCCUCUGGACUAACCACAUAAUCACCGUUCCCUUAUCACUGGAAUCAGUUUUGAAAAAGGAUUUUCAAUCUGAAGCAUUAGCUCUGUCUACCUGACACUACCUGAUGUGUUUGCAGGUGGCAUUUCCUGCCCCCUGGAGGCAGGACAGCGCCACUGUCACUGGGAGGCCACCAUUACAGUGUGACAUUUUAGAUUAAGGAAUGCACCUUUAAAUGAACGAUGGCAUCACUGGCACAUCCAACCCUUCUCUCUGACUCAUUCCCUCCGAACCUUGCAGACCACAGCUCCUUGUGUGAAUCAGCUUGGCCACAGGAGUUGGUGAGAAUGCUCGGACUGAUGCAUCCUUAUUCUCUUCCGGGGCUGUGUCACUGUGGAAAACAGUAUGUAUCCUGGGGAGUUCUGCAAACAAGCCAUUGAGGUUAAGGUAAUGAUUAGCUUUACUUAUCGCAUGUACAUCAAAAUAGACGGAAGUGCAUUUGUAUCAACAACUGACAUAAUCCAAAGAUGCACUCGUCACAAUUCCGCCACCAAAGAGCAUACUAACAUCUCAGUAACCCUUCCCGUGCAUCUUUGGAAUGCGGGAGGAAACUAGUGCACUAGGGAAGCCAAGCAGUCAUGGGGAGCACAUACAAACUCCUUACGGACAGCAGCAGGAAUUGAACCUCAGUCACUGAGGCACAAUAGCAUUUUGCUACCAUACCCCCUCUUAGUAGUGAUGCAGUGAUUUGUAGAAAGAUGGCAGCUAUUGCAACAUAUUUAUAUGUUGUUCCUUGUAGUUGAUAGUCCGAAUAUACAGGUUAGUGAUAUUUGAUUCAAAGAUAUCAGGGUCUAUUGUGCAAUAUAUUUGAUAUAAAGAACUGAUGCUGGGUGUAAGUUUUAUAAAGAGAUUGUACAACCUCCUGUGUACAGAGGGUGUGCGACAUUAUGUACAGAAGGUGUGGGCUAUAUUGUUGGCUGAGUCUGAGGGUGGUGGGUGUGAUAUUACAGUGUAUCUGGCAGUGAGUGUUUACAGGUGGUAUGAGGUAGAGGUUUUCUGCUUUUCCAUGAAGGUUUAAACCAAAAGCUGGUUGUCUUUGUCCAGUCCCUCUAUCUGAAACCUGGUGCAAAGAUUUCCACAGUCCAUUGGCCUGAACUAAACUGGGCUGAAGAUGUGGACUUCCCAGUUGUGUCCCCAUUAAAGACUAGCUUUAUCUGUAACGUGUACAUUGAAACACACAGUGAAAUGUAUCGUUUGCAACAACAAUCAACAGAGCCUGAGGAUGCCUGCAAGUGUUACCACAAUUCCAGCUCCAAUGUAACAUGCCCAUAACUUCCUAAACCUUUCUUGCACAUCUUUCAAAUGUGGGAGCAAACCUGACAGCGUUGGGAAUUGAACCUGGGAUGUUGGUGCUGUGAUAGUAUUACACUACAGAACUGACCUGUUAACCCUCAGUCUGAGGACUGGAAGUCUGACAGAGAUUAACCAGCUUUGACCCAGCUAUACGAUUGUAGUGGAAUAUCUCAGUGAAGCCAACAAGUAUUACAACAACGUGCUAGAUGCUGAUGAUGUGAUUUUUAAAGUAAUUUAUCAAAACCUAUUUAUCACUUUUCUGAAACACUAGUUCCAGGGUCUGUGGGAUUCGAACCCAGUGCCAAUGAAGAGGUGUGAUGUCACUGAUCCAGCAGGGGAGGAUUUCCAGGACAGUUGCUCGUCGCAGGAGGUUUGGUGGAAUUCUCCGACCCUGCACCUCAGUCACUGGCACUUGGGAUGAAGCCGUCUUCGUCAGUCUGAAAGCUCGACCCAUUCAGCUGUAAGAACCUUGGGUCUGAUACCAGGGACCCUUUGUGUUUAUAGUGUGUGCUGUGUGUUCUGAAAGACAUACCAAAUUAAUACACACCAUGCUGGCGAUGGAGUGGGUAUUAGAAUAUGCAUUGUAGAAUGCUAGGGUAGAAAUUUAAAUAAAGUUCAGCUGAAUUCUGA